GGUGCUGAGCUGGCAGUUGGACUGGAUGAGCUUAGAGGUCUUUUCCAACCUUAACAAUUCUAUGAUUCUGGAAAUGGUGUCUUCUUGAAAGUGUUGGGUGUGGUGGCUAAUGUGACAAACUGUGUGCUGAUGUUGAGUAGAGGCACUGACUAAAAUCAAGGCCCUGUGUGUCAGGUGCUGUACUAAUGCCAGUCAGGAUAAUUUUCUGUCCCAGACAACUUAGAGUGGGAAAAAGAUGAAGUGACCUGACCUUGGUUAUGCCAUUCAGGUGAGUGACAUGUCUGGCACUGGAAAUGAUAUCUGUCAGCAUCUCAUCUGUUGUGUUAUCUGCUAGACUACACUCUAUCAGUUUGCUGAAGGAUGGAUAAUGGUUUAUUGUUAUUUUGCCUCAAAGCAAUCACCUCAUCCCCAGUGUCUUUUGCAGCGCUGUUCUGAGCUGUCGUUAUGCUGCUUAUCUGACUUGCUCUUUUUUUUUUUUACACAGCAUUUCCAGUGCAUUUGGAACAGUCAUGGCUGUGUGAUAAUGUUCUCUUAACCUGCUCUGAAUUUCCUGUCUCCAAGAGUUUCUCUCCCUGUUUGUGUGUGUGCAGGUGCCCAGCACUAAGGAGAUGCCUGAUGUGUGCUCCUUCCCCUCUUCAGGUCAAUAUUUGCCAGGACACUAGGGCGUUGCAGUCAUAGCUACAAGGGAUUUAAAUGUGAUUUUACCCAAGAAGUCUCUGGUCUCUUUUUUAGUUAUUAUGAAUGUUUAAAUUAUGUGCUUGUUUAGUGUUUGUGGUGCUUGUUGUCUCACUAUGGUUCUUAUUCCUGUCUCACUAAAAUGAGAUCUGAGCCAGAGGGGGGUCAUUGGGUACUGUAAUCUAUAUGUCGGCUUUUCUCUGUGUCUCUUGAAUUAAGAACACUUUGCCAGUGCUUGUGGGCUGAGGGUUCCAGCAGGCUUGAUAGGAAGAUAGAAGCAGCAGCACCAGCAGCCUUCCUCUAUGGCCUAACCCUGCCUGGAGGGUCGAAGGGAAACAAUGCCAUUUUAUCUAGGCCCACAGAGCCAAACAACUGCAGAAACAAAUAGCGGAGGGGUCUCCAUCUGAGAUUCAGAGCGAUUUGUCUCGGCACAAACUGACAAACCCUUCUGACCCUUAUUGGGUGGAAUUAGAAUUACAGAAUUGCGGAAUAGGACAGUAGGAAGGGACCCUCAGCGAUCAUCCUAUCCAACCCCCUGACUUCUUCAGGGCUGGCCAGCAGUUAAAGCAGGUUAUUGUUAUCGAGGACAUUGUCCAAAUGCCUCUUCAACCUUGAUAGGCUUGGGGCAUCAACCACCUUUCUAGGAAGACUGUUCUAUGGUUUGACCACUCUUUCAGUAAAGAAACACUUCCUAUGUCUGGUCUGAACCUCCCUGACGCAGCUUUGAGCCAUUCCCGGGUGUCUGACCACUGGCUACCAGGGGGAAGAGCUUGGCACCUCCCUCUCCACGUUCCGUCCUCAGGAAGCUGCAGAGAGCAAUGAGGUCAUCCCUCAGCCUCCUUUUCUCCAAACUAGACAAUCCUGAAGCCCUCAGCUUCUCCUCACAGGUCGUGCCUUCCAACCCCGUCACCAGCUUUGUUGGCUCCUCUGGAUGCAUCCAAGGCCCUUUCCAUCCUUCUGGAACGGUGGGUCCCAGCACUGCACACAGCACUCAAGGUAGUAUUUUAACUCUCUUUUUAGAGGUUAAGAGCUUCCUUGCACAGGCAGCCUCUCGUGUUUAUAAUUAUGUUUUCUAUCUUUGCCAUACAGGUGAACUCACUCUCCUCUUUCUUUAAGAAUCAAUUGAUUUCUAUUGGUGCAGGCUUUUUUUUCCUUUUUGGAACAGAUUAUUGGUUGUUGUCUGGCCUAAGCUCUUAUAAAGUAACCCAAUACUCUGCCCUUCCAGGACAAGCCCUGCAAACACCCAUUGCGAAGAGGCAGCAGUAACUCCUCAUGAGUGGGUUCCUCUCUGAAUACGUUCUUGUUGGAGUGACUCAGGAGCUGCUUCACAAGAUGCAGGAGAAAUUCCCCAUCUUUAUGCUGAUUGCAGCUGGACUAUUGGAUUUAUUUGGUGCCUCUGGGAGUGAACAUCGUGUCAGUGAAAUAUUAAGCCUGAGCGUUCCUGAAGAAAUCCAGCCAAGACCUGGGAGCAGCCCAGUGCCAAAUGAAGUGUUCUCUGUUACAGAAGAUAACUCGGAUGAGGUGACCUUUCAUUUCCAUAGUUCAGCAGUUGAUCCUGCCCAUGAAAUGACAGCCGUCUUCAUCCCUGUCCAUGCAGAGACAGCUGCAAAAACCACAGCCGUGCUGCCUGUGGAGUUGGCUAGAAACCUGGAGGUGCUCGAGCAACCGCCCACAGAAGCAGCAGCUUUAAAACUCCAGAGUGGACGCACAUUACCUAGCAAGCCCUUGAGCAGCAUAAGCAUCCCUGUCUCCACACAAGGAUCACAGGCUACCGCACAUCAACAGCAAAAUAGCUCACUGCGAGGAAAACCGGAGAAUAUUUCUGAGGCUGCUUUCAGUCCUACCAGCUCUAGCACUGGGCUUCCUCAGCCUGCUCUCAGCAGAGGGACACAGCAAGACUCUUCUGUUUUUUCUAGUCCUGUUAUCAAGCAGAUGGAGAUGCCAAGUCCUAAAACGUCUCUUCUGACUUCAACAGUAAGUUUUCAUCCUCCAAGUAAAGAAAUAGUAGCAUCUCAGUUUCCCACCGGAGUUCAGAUUGCUCUUGAAGGUGCAAGGGUGGGUUGGUUACCAACAGGAAUGCCUCCUACAAGCAAAAGGCUGAAAGACACAAACCUACAAGUCCAGCCUGACAGCAAAGCUGCUGUGACACUUGUGUACUCGAAGAAGACACAGAGUAGGGAUGCUAAAGGUACAACAUCUGCCUUACUACAAAAGCCAUCUUCAGGGGACCUUCAUGCAGUCUAUUCCACAAAGACCCAGACAACUGCUAUUCCAUCUUCCUCUAUUUUAUCUGUGAAGCCGGAAACAACAGCAAGAUACUCAACAAUUGUAAUAAAUAGUUCUGGACACCCAACCCAGUUGCUGGUUCUUCAGACGCGCCCACAAGGCAACAUAAGUUCUUCGUUAGAGAUGCAUCUGGAAGCUCCAGUCCAUGAUGACUUACGUCCAUCUCCCUUUCAACAGCCUAUCAGCACAACUGACAGACAACAGCCCCUCUCUUUGUCCCGGACUUUCAACUGUACUAAACAACAUGUUUCCCAAGAAACCAGCAGGAAGUCUCAAGAAAUCCCAGUUCUAGUUUUGCAAGGAGAUACUGAUCAUCAGGCCACGACAAGCAAACCUGAAACCAGAUCCCCUGAGAGCCUGCAGGCUUCUACUAAUUCAUCCUCAUUAAGCCUGUCACAGUUUUCCACAUUAAAACAUUCCCAAACUACUAAAGAGCUAAAAGAAGUAACACCUGCACUCUUUUCAGGUCCCUCUACCUUUGAGAACGUAGCCCUUCAACCUGUAAGCACUUUGGAUUCUGUUCGUGCUGGGCUUCAGCCACCAGGUACAUCUUUUCCCACUUACGCUGGAUUGCAGCUAAAGGGCACCCCCACCUCCGCUGAGAAAGGACUUCCCGUACCAACUUCUGCCACAUCUACUGCUUCUGCUUUUCAAGUUCAAAGCAUUUCUGCCCAUCCUGCUUCUCAGGAAGCUUUCCCUGUGAUGCUGCAGGUGAGCACAGUGGAAGAAGACUCCAAGAGAAACAAAAGUCUCUUACAACAGGUAGAUAAAACUGGUUCUCCCCUGCUGACUCCAGCAGCCAGCCCAGUCCCCCGUCCCUCUGAACUGCCUGACAAGAGAAACCAGAAGGUUCCUCUUCACAGCUUUGCUCCUUCAGCCUCCCAGAUCCAGCAAACUGGCAGCGUGGCAGCUUUUCCUUCACAACAGCCCACGCUCCAAGCACAGGGAAGCCAGUCUAGCUCAGCAACAGCACAUCCUGCAUCAGUGGUGCCUAGUGGUUCUGGUGAGGUCCCAGCGUAUCUGGCACAAGCGCUAGGGCAGCGGUUCGGUGUGUCACAUGAGGUAGCUACCCAAUACCUCAGUGCUUUCAGAGCUGAGCAACUCACAAUGCUGCCGUCAGCCCCGUACUUGUCCUUUCUGCUUAAAACUGCUAAUGGCACCAUAUGCCUGCAGCCCAUGCAAGAUUCCCCUCUACCUGUAAAAUUCCCAAAUACCAGUGUUGGGCGUCUGGUUUCCAUACAGCAAAUCCUGGCAGCAUCAAAUUCUUCAGUACUGGACCUUGCAAACUUAAAAAAUUUGAGUAUUUCUAGUGUAAUCCUGGUUAAGCCUGUAUUUAUCCUCUUGCCCACUGAGAGACCAGAUUUACAGGUGGUGCCCUCUCCAGAGGGUGAAGGUGAUCACAAAGCUGCUCUCUUGUUCACAAACAAGCAAGAUCUGACUUUGGGCACCCUCAAUAUCCCAGUAAAAACUAGUUCUUAUCCCACUAGCAGGACUUUAACGCCUGAACCUGCUCUCUCCACUGCAUCUAACCAGCAAGCAGAGAAACCAGAAGUGACUUCUCAGCCAAGUAAUCCUAAUUAUACAGCCACUGCUCAUUUGUUUCAAGCUUUUACCUCUGCCUUGAAGCAUUUGCUGGACCCACAGAUGAGGAUCACCCCUGUGCAUCCACACAGGCUGCCUGUAGAGAUGCAAGUACCUGCUCCCAGCUCCCAAGAGACCAGGGAGUCCGAUUUGCUUUUACUUAAUGGUAUGUUUGCACAGCCUGUCCCGUCCACUGUGCCACCGCUAGUGGUGUCUGCACAGCCCAGGCCCCGUUUCUCCCCCAAAGCAUUCAUCACUGCUGAAAAGCCACGUUCUUCUGUAAUUCCUUUACUGUCAGCAAAGGGACUCCCUGAUUUUGAAAGGCCUUCCCACUCUUCAUUUACUGUCACGGGGGCUGCAGAGCGGGUUCAGCACAACAAGCAACUAAUGCUGCUAACUGCUGUCAGCCGCCAAGGCUCAGUGACCGUGCCUCCCUCUGCCCGUGCAGGAUGCACAGAGUGCUUGACCUCGCACCCAGCUAGAACCAUAAAAUACCCACCUGAGGUGUUUGCAGGUAUCCUGCCUUUUCGGUCCACAUCGCAAAGCCUCCUGAGUACUGAUCCUCUUCAAAGGCUGCCGUCACAAGUUCAGUUUGUUUCCAGCACAUCAACAGCUUUCUCAGCGCUUCGAGCUGGGAAUGACCACAAAGAUUCAGCAGCGGGCAGCACUGGAGGGGUCUCUGUGCCUGCUAAAUCAGGACAAACCCACACCACUACUAUAAAACCUGAUCUUACUAAACAUUUGGAAUUUACACCCUUUAUAAUGACAGAAAAGCUAACAGCAGCACCAGCACACGCUCCAUUUUCAACCAAGGUCCAAGUGAAAACAGCAGGUUCUGGGAGGCUCCUGUCUGCGCUUACCCACCCAAGGGUGUACACGGACUCUCCUGCAAGCCCAGCUUCGCCCGUGUCUACACAUGUUCCCCUGCUAUCAGCCAUGAAACGUGACCAAAUCCAUCAAGCCUCUACUAAAUCAUUCUCACAGGCCAACGCAGGAGCAAAUACAAAGCCAACUGAAAUCAGCACAAGUGCAAGGAAACCAGGAGCUGAUAAAUUCUUGGGAAGAAGUGUGUCUCCGUCACCUGUGUUUGACACAAAGACACAGCAGCCUCCCACAGCAGGUAAGGUGGUUUUAACUCCCAUGCGACCGUUUGUGUCUGCAGGAUCAGUUAUUGCUCUGGAGAGGCAGCCUGUAUUGACACAGACCACACCACAGACUCCAUCAGCAGUGACUUCUUUCUCUGCAGCUAAGAAUGAUUAUAUCACCACUUCACUUAAAAACAAAACGAUGUUUGUCCUGCCAACGCCAUCUAUCCGAUCUGAUCCAAACAUCGUGCUGCCUGCGACUGCCAGGGUGAACAAAUCAGCUGUGGCUUCUACAUCAAGGGUGAAGGUUGAGGACACAUCAGUGAAAGGAGCUGCAGCCACCGCUAGCCAGCUGCCCACUCAGGCACCCGGGUCUUCACCACACCAGGUGUCACUGGAAGAUGACAUUGAACAUGGGACUGGUCAUUCCAGCCCCGACACUGGGCUUUCUACAACGAAAGUGUUUCCAGUCUCUGCCAAUGGGCUUGUAAAUAAGGUCACUAAUCAGUCGGCUGUCUUUAGUAAAGUUGAUGAUGCUGAGAUGCUUCUAGCUGGAGAUCUAAUCCAGCUCCUUCCAACCCCGGAGAGCCCUCUGUAUUCCUCUGAGAGUCUCGUAGCGCUUACACCGCAGGGGGAUUCUUUGCUGGGUGUUGCGAACACUGGACAAUCUGAGAGGCCGUUCUUCAACACGGAGGCAGAGGAGAUGCUUGGAACCAAUGAAGUAACAGACGAAGCAGCUGAAGGCUUGGUAACUGUUUUAACACUGCUGGAUUCGGAGCCCAGCGCACUGCUGAGUGAAUCACAUCAGAGGAGGCUUUCAGAGUCAGAUGCUACUGUUCUGAAUGGCGUUGCAGUUGUGAGUGAUGAUGCCUGCCUCUCGGGUAACUACACGGUGCGGAUGAGCCUGCGCCCUGCUGCAGAAGCAGAGCUGGAGUUGCAAGGAUCAACGCCUUCCCAGGAGACUUUUGUGGCUUUCAUUGCUGUGCAGAGUAACGGGAGCCAGCCUGUGCUCCAAAUCCGCUCGUGCUGUGUGACGCCUUCUGCCAGCCCAGAGGGACCAGGCGCGACGUGCUGCUUGUUCCGCAGGUUGCCAGUUGAAUGCAGACACGUCCAGUUACUGCAGAGCAGUAAGCCCAGAUCUGUGAGCUUCGCCAUCCAGCUGUUCCAGAUGCUGAAUCAUUCUGUGGCCUAUUUGCACUGUGAGCUUAACGUCUGUCUGCAUGGCAAAACAGGCUGUGGACAGGACUGCUUUGAAAGUGUGGAGCCCCUCCUCCAGCCAAGUGACAGGAACAGCUAUGGAAGCCUGCACAACCUCAUCUCUUUUGGUCCAGUUCGGAGAAUGAAGAAUGAGUUUCGUUACAAACCUGUGGAAGGUCCUGAUUCUGCCAUGCUGGUACCCAUCCUGCUGGGAUCCCUGACAGGGUUUGCUGUCUUGGGUGGUAUUUUCCUAAGCCUUUGGCUGCAUCAUAAACAGAAAACCAAAAGCAUAAGCUAUCCAAGACUUGGAGAAAUCCGUGGUGUGUGAACAACAAGCAGCUGGCAGGUCCUGCAGAUCUCAUGCCACUGCUAUAACGCUCAGAAAAGCAAUUGGUUUGGCUUUGCACCCUGUGUCGCUUUCCUAGAGCUUCUGCUGACCCAGGGAGCCGGAUAUCCAAUCUCCUUUAAGCGCGGCUCCCCUUCCUUUCUUUCCUCCUGCAUGAGCAAGUCCACAAACUGCGGAGUAGAGAAAGAAUUGUUGUAAUGGUCCAGCCGUAAGUGAGAGCAGAGCUGAAAAUGCAGCGAGUGCAAGCGCCAGCACACGGUCGCCAGAAAGGGGAAAGCAGACGGCAACUCUGAGCACAGAAGAGCAACGUGAAAUAAAGCACUGUAGAGUAGAGCCAUCCUGUCAAGAAGAAUGGAUUGUUAGGAAAAAUGAUGAAACUCAACUUUAUUGAUUGGGAGUGGGGACAGGACCUAAACAGCUCCAGAGAUCCAGCCAGUCAGCUCUACAGCUUUUCUCACAUCUAAGGAGCUGAGUCCCUUUAUGCUUUUGCUUUACUCCUGUUACUGUUCUCUCUCUUUCAGUGGAAGCAAGUUUGCACAAACUGCCUGUCGGUUAAAUCCACAUAGUGGGAGGAAGUUAAGAAUGCAAAAGCUUUGUCCGUAAGGCUGAAUUUGAGAGCACAUAAAAAGAGCUCAGCACGCUCAACUUCUAGGUGCGCUGUCUUUACAAUAGUAGCUUACGGUGAGGCGUCGGCCGUCGCCUUGGCAUUGGGGAGCGGGCAGCUCGCUUUGGGGGGCAGGUUGGGAACCGUCUUCAAGGCAAUCAGCCACAGUCUUUUGGGGGGCAGUAAUCAAGCAUCUUGGGGAAGGGGGUGUUCAGGGUUCACCUUGCGGGGCAGGACGGGACACAAGCACCUCACGGUGAGGGGCUUCAGAGACAUUGGGAGGGGGUUGUCAGCAGCCACCCCAGAGGCUGGGCUGCCCUUUUUGUUUCAGUGAAUAAAUCAGAUAGAGUGCUAUGCUGACUACUGUGGUACAGCUUCCUGCCACUUCGCAGAGGUUUUAUUGGCACUAUAAAGCUUUUGAGUAUCCUAGCAGAGUUUUCCAUGCUGUCUGGCUUUCUGGCGAGCUCUGCAGUGGAUGGGGUGGGACACCUCCCAGCUGCUGGCACAAAGUUGGCUGUGGCAGCAAGAGCCAGGUGUGUCUUGAGGGAUGUUCAUCCCGUCAGAGUCUGUCCAGAGGGGUCAACGCACAGCCCUCGGUCACUGCCGUGUGGCUUCUCAAGUGUUUUCUCUUUGUCCGCCUUCCAAGGCGUGUGAUGUCAGCUUUUGGGGAAUAAGUUGAUGAAGUUCCUUGUCACACCUGCUACCACCUAGGGUAGGUGUCAGGUGAAAUGGUUGUGUCCAUCCCGUUAAUCAACAGUUUCCAGCACCCAGGGAUGGGACGGAAGAGCCUCUGCUGCAGUCUAACGUUCCAGUCCUGUGAGAAGGCACUGAGCUGUCACGGCAGAGACACAGCUGCUCUUUCGGAUGGAAAUAA